AUGAAAGCUUUGCAAGGGGAUAAUGAGGCCCUUACGCGCAUUGCCAUCCAGGCCUUGAAAGUUCACUACAUCACAGCCUUUGAUGAGGGCGAGCUCGGGCGCAAGCGCCAGCGCGUCACCGCCCCUGAGCAGCAGCAGCAGCAGCAGCAGCAGCAGCAGCAGCAGCAGCAGCAGCAGCAGCAGCAGCAAGACCAGCACGGCGACUACGCCGCCUUCGUCGCCCGCCUGCUGCGCCUGCUCGCCGGCCCCACGCCGCCCGGCCUGCAGGUGUCUGCGCUGGUAGCGCUCAUGGAGUGCGCGCGCCACGAGGCCGGCCCCGGCGCGCUGAGCGCGCGGCUCGUCGAGGCCGUGGUAAACGCGGUCGCGCGCGGGGCGGCGCCGUCGCCGGAGGCGCUCUCGCUGCUGUUCUCCCGGUACCUGCCGAACCUAGACGUGCGAUACCACGCGCUGCGCGCCGCCGCGCGCUGCGCGCGCCGCAUCGCCGGCGGCGCGCGGGGGGCGGCGGCGGAGGAUGAGGAGGAUGAGGAGCGGGAGGCCGAUGCAGCGGCGGGCGGCGGCGGCGGCGGCGGCGGGGCGGCGCCCGCGUUGGCGGCGGCGGCGGAUGCGACGCGCGCGCUGUUUGACGUCCUCGCGAACGUGGCGCCCGUGCGGCCGGGGGACGACCUCUCGCAGGCCGCGUCGUGGUGCGGCGCCUCCGAGGCCGGCUUGGUCGUCGCGGCCGCCGAUACGUCAGCCUCCUCCAAGGCGCGCCGCAAGCGCAAGGCGCAGCUGGCGGCCGCCGCAAACACGGGCGGCGGUGCGGGCGCGGCGGCUGCGGCUGCUUCCGCGGCGUGGGCCAACCCCAAGGCGCAGCAGCGGGCGUACCAGGAGGCUUGGCUGGCUUUCCUGCGGCUCGACCUGCCGGCGGACAUCUACAGAAAGGUGCUGCUGAAGCUUCACUCUGACGUCAUUGGGGCCAUGACCGACCCCGCCCUGCUGGCAGACUUCCUUACCGCCAGCCUGGACCGUGGCGGCCUUGAGGGCAUGCUGGCCCUCAACGGCAUCUUCUCACUCGUAACCCGCCACGGCCUGGAGUACCCGGCCUUCUACCGACGCCUCUAUGGCCUGCUCACGCCGGAGGCCUUCCUGUCAAAACACAGGGUGCAGUUUUUCAAGCUGGCGGACAUCUUCCUGGCCUCGUCCCUCAUACCUGCCUACACAGUCGCCGCCUUCGCCAAGCGCUUCGCGCGCCUCGCGCUGCGAGCGCCGCCGGCCGGCGCCAUGACCGCCGUCGGGUUCAUUCACAACCUCAUCCGCCGCCACCCCAGCUGCAUGGUGCUGCUGCACCGGCCGGCGGCCGCGGCGGCAAGGGGCGCCGGCGGGCAGCAGCAGCAGCAGCAGCAGCAGCAGCAGCAGCAGCAGCAGCAGCAGCAGCAGCAGCAGCAGCAGGGGUCUGACCCGUACGACGAGGCGGAGGCGGACCCUGCGCUCAGCCGGGCGGUGGAGAGUUCCCUUUGGGAGGUCGAGGCGCUGCGGCGCCACUACUGCCCGCAGGUCUCCACGUUUGUGUCAGUCUUGGACAAGGACCUCGGGGACCGCCCCCACACGUCCGAGGUUGAUCUGGACCCCCUCCUCUCAGCCUCGUACAGCUCACUGAUCUCGUCCGAGGUCGGGCGCCGCCUGAAGGCCGCGCCGGUCGCAUUCUAUGCGCGCCCCCCCACCCGGCUGUUUGGCGGCGCCCCAGGGGGCGGGGCCGGCGGCGGCGGCGGCAGCAGCGGGGCGGAGGGGGAGGGGCGCGCGUCGGAGGCGGCGGCGCUGCAGGGCGGCAACAGGGCGCUGCUGGGGCCGCUGCCUGGGUGGGACCUGGAGGCUCUACCGGCGGCUGAGGCUAGCAGUUAG